CGAGUGCAUUUGUUUGUGACAUUAGCGGAGUGUGCUGUCACUGUCAUAUGGCAAGCCAAAGCAGCCUCGACUGGUUUAGAGCAGACACGGGUAUUGUAGAUCGUGGCUGUUCACCCUUUUCUCUCCCCUCUGGAGCUCUUGGCUUAAUACCGAGCGAAACUCAGCCUGUCACAGAGCUUUCUCAUCCAGCAUCUUGUCCGUUAAUGGAGUUCCGGCAGGGCAGCGGGGAUUACUGCCACGCCCAACAUCGCAACGCUUGAUCUGGGGUGACUUCGCCCGGACCUGCACCUGAAUGUCCAGAGAAACGCCUUCCCUGCUCUUCUCUCACAGGUCUUUUUGACUGACCACAUCGCCGCGCGCAGAUGGGUUAAUUGGUAUCGUGGCAUCUGGCAUUUAGCGACCAGACACUGCUGGUCCACCCGUCAAAGAGAAAGAGGCAGACUCGUGUUGCAAAAUCCCAGAAAACCAGGAAGCAUUAAUUUUUUUCAUACUGAUUAGUAGUGACUUAUUGCAGAGAAUCCUGCAAAUCCUUCACACCCUUAACUGUGAUACCACAUCUGCUGUAACACUGCCCUGUUUGCCAGAGGAAGUGCAGUACUGUCUGUGGAGCUCUGUGAAUUCUGGACUGGAUCGGGCGAUCCGUUUUCUGUAGAGUUGGAGGGAAACGAGCAUGACCAGGAUGAACCGUCCGGCUCCAGUUGAGGUCUGCUACAAAAACAUGCGCUUCCUGAUCACGCACAACCCAACCAACGCAACCUUAAGCAGCUUUAUUGAGGAUUUGAAGAAGUAUGGGGCAACAACAGUGGUACGUGUGUGUGAAAUAACUUAUGAUAAGACGCCAUUGGAAAAGGAUGGAAUUACAGUCAUGGACUGGGCAUUUGAUGAUGGUGCACCUCCUCCUACUAAGAUUGUGGAAGACUGGUUCAGUCUGCUGAAGAAUAAGUUCUGCGAGGAUCCAGGCUGCUGUGUGGCUGUGCACUGUGUGGCUGGAUUAGGACGGGCUCCGGUCCUGGUUGCUCUGGCACUUAUAGAGAGUGGGAUGAAAUAUGAAGACGCCAUUCAGUUCAUCAGACAGAAACGCCGGGGCGCCAUCAACAGCAAGCAGCUGACCUACCUGGAGAAGUACCGGCCAAAACAGAGACUGCGUUUCAAAGACCCGCACAACCACAAAAGCAAGUGCUGCCUCAUGUGAUCCGCUCUCUCCAGCCGCCACUGAAGGAAACUUUUACUCACAGACUGAAAUUACCAAUCUAGUGCAUUUGAACUCCUGUUACUUUAUGGAGGGGAAUUCAACCCACUUUGGUGUAUAUUUGAGACCCGUUUACCCAGGGUCUUUACCAGCUCAGGGCUGUGAAAGACGAGCCUCUAGAAUUUUGUCUUCACACACACACCCCCAUCAUAAGUGUUUUCACAUAUUUAUAGUGAAUACACCAAAAAUGCUUAUUUUGUCACACACCCGUGCUACCAGCUAUCACACUGUACCAGCAGCACAUAGUCCAAAGAUGAUCAUGGCCGGCCACCUGCUCCUCAGGCAGUGUAAACAACAAUGAGGUGAAAGAUCAAUGUCACUGUAUGCUAUAUUCUUGCUUUUGUAUGAAACUGCUUGACAACCCUGUUCGUGCUCUCUUUCUCUCUCUCUAUCGUAAUUUUGAGGUUUCAGAAUGCUCGUCACUGUGUCGGCCAUCAUUUUAAGUUUUUAAAUUAUCUUUAUUCUACUCUGGGAUUCAAGUGUUGUACCACUCGCUGCAUACUAAGAGACCAGCGGGAGUGACUGAUGUCUGGCUAGAUCAUACAGCACACUUUGAAACGACUUCAGAUUUUUUAAUGUUUUGCUGCUUUCAAAACCCUUAAACCUGCUUUUGGCAUAGAUUUGUGCAUAGCAAUGAGAUAUACUGUAGUGCCCCAGAAUUGCAGCAAUGUACUUAUAGAAAUCCACGAGUGAGCACUGUAGUAUGUACUCUGUAGCCAUGUUUUAAUGUAACAUCACAGCCACAAGAUGGAGUGCUCACACUACAGUCACAGCAUUCUUGAAAAUCAGCUUUUUUAUUUAUUUGUGUUUUUUUGUGCUCACGGAUGGUGGUUUCUCACUUGACAUAGUUGUACUAUGGACACUUUAGACAUGCAGUCUCUAUGAAAUGUAAAGUGUGUGGUUUAAAUACUUUGUCUUGUUCAUAUGAUGAGAAUGGAAAUGAGAUCAAGGGAUCUGGAUGUAUGGACACCAGGACAAGAAGUGUAAAUGAUUCUGAUGGGUCAGACAUUUACAUGCAUCUGAUAGUGUAUCAUGAAUCUGCUUGCCUUUGGAAAAAUGCGUGGCAUCUAAUGCAUAGGACUCUGGGAUAAUGUCACAUUUUCUGCCUUUGAACUCGGAAACGAAUCCGAUUGCUCGAAGUCAGUCAAACAAAUGUUAAAGAAAUGUUCAAUAAAUGUGAAGCUUUGUAUAACUGCAUUUCAGAAAAGAAUGUGAUGUUAAACAAACACCACCACAAUUUACAAUUCAUAUUUUAUUUGACAUUUGUUUAUAUGUAAUUGAUGACAUAUAAUGUAAAUGGAAUUGGCAAUUAUUUAUAUUUGUCAAUUGUAUGUAAAAUUAUUUUAAUUAAAAAACAAUAACGUGUUUCAUAAUACUCAACAAUUCACCCUAUAGUAUGCUGGCAAAUGGGCUUCUCUUCAAACUAUAGACACGGAUAGUAAAACUUGUCAUCUGUCACUAGUUUAGUGGCUGCUUUUGAUAACCUGGAAUAUCAUUGUUUUGACAUAAAAUGAUGGUUUGAAUCAUUCUUAUAAAUCAUCACGUCUUUGAAAACAUCUCCCAUCAAAAUAAAAUAAUCAAAGGAAACAUUUUAAAAUGCAUAUCAUUACCAUAGUACCAAUUUCAGCAAAGCAAAGUUUUUUUCUUCAUGUUUUAUGUGUGAGGCUUUAGAAACUGUACUGUAAAUUUUCACUGCCUUCAUUCACUCAGGGUCUUAAUGACAUCAUCAUCAAUAGGGCUACAGACAUCUGCAUCCAGGAAAUAUUUGGUCUUUUCCUCUUCUCUUUAAGACUUCAUUUUUUCAAUUUUUUUCCUCUUUUAUAAACCUCUUCUGUCCAAAUGGGUUCUCAGAAAUGAUUUCAUUGGAUGCCAGAGCGUUUAAACUGUUUUUAUUUAACAAUGACCCAUUGUUUCCCUGAUCAUAUAUACAGCAGCCGCUUUGAAAUUACUGUGUUAUUGAUAUGAGUUUUAAAACCACAUCACAAACAAGAAUUUAUGUAUAUAUAUUUCUCUUUUAUAAAAUUGAAACGUUUGUUAAAUCUGAAAUGUGGAUUGAUUAAAAAUAUGUAAAUCCGA